CAGUGUGCCCUGCCUGUUGCCACUGUGAUGAGGCCAGGUGACCUUGGAGCCCUCCUGUGACAAGCCACCUCCUCUGCAGUCCUUCUGUCUCCAUCCACCAGCACCGCACACCAGGGAGCCUGGAUUGUGCUUCUGGACGCUGGGCCUCGACUUCCCUGCUUCCUUCUUUAGUGACGAGGGGCGAGACCGUGGCCUGUCAUGGCCCCUGUGGGAACUUGCAGGUGGCCAGAGGCUCUGGUCAGCCACGUGGGGUUUCCCUCCUGCUUCAUUCAGCUCCUUGGGAUCCUGGCACAGCAGCUCUGUCAGGACCCGGUGGGGCAUCUUGGUCCUUCUGAUAUCACAAGUCCAGCCUCACCAGCUCUAGCCCUUGAAAAUCUGAGCAUUCAGCGAAUCCCGGGUCAGUAAUGCAGCGUCCCGUAGCUCCAGGCGCCCACCCCUCUGGCCCUCAAAUGGCUCCGUCUGUCCGUCUGGCCCUGCUUCUUGCCGUCUUGCUCAGCCUGGCGGAGACUCCCACCUCUGUACCUGUCCGCCAGGGGCGAGGAGGCUGGACCCUCAACAGCGUGGGCUAUCUCCUGGGUCCCGUGCCCCACCUUCCUCAGAGCGCGAACCACAGCAGGAAGGAGAGGACAGCCCUGGAGGUCCUAGACCUGUGGAAGGCCAUUGGGCUCCCCUAUUCCCGCCCUCAGCAGCCCUCCAAGAGGAGCCUGAGGGAGACCUUCGCCAGACCAGAGACUGCAGAUCUGGGCAAACUCAGCGAGGAAGCCCCCAAGGAGGGAGAUGCCCUGUGGUCCUAGAUGUCUCCAAACCUCUGCUCUGUCUCCUCCUAGCCCCUGUCUAGCUCCCUCCGCUGAGACCAAGAUCCUGAAAUUAAGUCCCCACAUCUCAUGCAGAAAAUUUAGAGUGUUGGGAGAAUUUUCUUGAAGUCGCCAGAUGGCCUCAGGUUUCCCCUAUUUGUCCUUGGAAUAAGUGUAAAGCGUUGUUAACACACUCAAGAAUUAAUUCUGGAGCCGUUUAGGAGAUGAGGGGUAAUGAGGGAGUGUUUCCGCGGUCCGCAUGAAGUAACUGUGUUCUUUGGGAAUCAUCCCAAUCGUAACAUGAGCUGUUGACUAAUACGGUGUGAACAUCCCAUUUGCCUCUGACAGUCUGUGACAUCUUGACUCAGAAAGAUUCUGCCAAGUAGUAGGCUUGCCUUCCCUCCUUCCCCCACCCCAGCCGAGCACCCUCCAGCUGGAAAGGGGGAGAGGUACUUGGAGCAGAGUGGAGGGAAUAAAACAUUUCUUUUCAAAUAAUCCAUGGUUUCUCAUGUUAGCAUGGGAAUUCGUGGCAGGGGCCAAGUCGAGGCUGAGAGCGUCAGGUGUGUGGUUGGGAGACUAAAUCCUGUUGGAGGCAGUGGAUCUCGGGUUAUCUCAUGAGAAGGCCUAAUCACAUUUCCGGUUUCCGCCAGCUGUUCGUACCUGGAUACCUGACCUACUCUCCGUCCAUUAGUUCCUUCGUUUUAAAACUUUUACAUAUUUCAGGGGCGCCUGGGUGGCACAGCGGUUAAGCGUCUGCCUUCGGCUCAGGGCAUGAUCCUG